AUGAUAAUACUGGAAGAGGAGAAAGAAAGUAUCUCUCUGCUGCGAUAUUUGGUAAACGUUCCACCUGCGCAACUAAUAAACGUUCUGCUUUUGUUGGCAGCAUUUUUAUGGGCUUGGAUAGUCAGAUUCCUACUGCGACAUAGUAUUGAUAUUGGUGCUGUGGUACAAUUGAGUCACCCUUGGGAUCAAUUUGCGGCUAACAAUGCAAGAUUGAAAACUCAAAGCACAAGGUUUACAACUUAUUUGGCGAGGGUUAUCCUGCCGUUGACAUUAUUAACUAACAUAUUGCACAGCUAUAUUGAGGAAAACAAAGAUGCGAAUGCGCUAGUUGUGCUAAUGUACACACUACUACCUUUAGGUCAGGCAGCAUUUCUUAUCCUCUCUAUAUUAAAGACCUGCGGAGUUGUAAGAUAUUGUGUGAAACGAUGUCUGGUCAUAGAAAGUAGCCCGCGAGCAUUGAGAAAUGUCUAUAUAUUGUUUUCUGAUACAGUGACUUCUUUUAACAAGCCCAUUAUUGAUUUUGCAUUAUAUCUGACAUAUUUGCUUGGUAUACAAAUAACGCAUUUUGACUUAUUCUUGGCGGUAAUACCCCCAUUAAUAAGACUGUGCCAAUGUCUGAAGGAGUACAAAACAACCAAGGAAUUUACUUUGCUAGCCAAUGCAUUAAAAUACUCAUGUCAUUUACCUGUAGUAUUAUGCCUGUGGUAUUCAAGAGUAUAUGGAGAUGAUUCACUGACUAUAAGGGACUACAACAUCUUGAAAGUCAUGAUGUUCAUACAGUCGACUUACUCUUACAUUUGGGAUGUUAGAAAAGAUUGGACUAUUACUUCUAUAUCCAGCAUUAGAUAUCAGAAGAGCAGAGUACUGUUCCCAAAAUUUUAUUAUCAUAUUGCAAUUGUGAUGGAUGGUAUUAUGCGCUAUUGGUGGCUAUGGAUUAUUAUUUUAGCCCCAUACGAUGUAUCUGGGAAGCCAACCGCACUUUUUUUUGAGAAAGAAGCACAAUUCAUCGAGCUAAUACGAAGGGCAGGAUGGGUGGUAUUUAAACUAGAAUCCGAGUACAGUACAAGAGAUAGUGAUGCGAUCAACUACCAAAAAGAAUCUAGGUAA